AUGUAUAGUCAACAUGGAAAUACUCCGUCACACCAUCAACAAGCCAUAGUACCGAGAACCGAUUACCACAGCGUUGGGCGUGGCGAAUAUCCUCCUCCACCCGAAGGAUACUAUCCUCCACAUCAUCCUAUAUAUUACGAAUAUCACCAUCCUCCACCACACUUUGCCACAUAUCUCCCAACUACAAUGAAUCCAAAUGUACCAGUACCACAUUCGGAUGAAUAUCAAGACCGUAAUUCAAAAAGAACAAAACCGAAUAAUGCUGAUACAUCAAUUUCUGCAACGACUUUUGAAGUUGAUAAAAAUAAAAUUCCCUCUGCCGCUAAGAAUUCAAUACCUGUAUCGUCAAAUCCACGGAUAAGGUAUAGGAAAGAUCGUUUCGGUACCUUUGACGUUCCAGCCGGAGAGGAGGAGGACAAAAGGUACGCCUCUCCGAAAGCAUGA